AAUUAAUAAGAUGGAAGCUUGUGUUUCAAAUUUCAAUACGAUCUAGACGAUUUGAUCGCCAACAUUUAAUCGAUUCGCUUAAAAAUCGCAAACGAACGAACGAAACGAACGCAAAACGAAUCGAUACAAAAAAUCGCUAGAUAUCGUGUUCACUUGAAUAGAUCGUUAUAAAAAUCGUAUCGCAAUGUGCAUGUCGUGAAUGCAAUGUAAAGUCGAUUCGUGAUUGUUCACAUUCACACACCGUCAAAUAAAUCGAUUGUGAAUUUGACGUAAUGUCAUGGAACUAAAUCAUUAUAGCUAUUAUCUAGCACUUCUCUACUGAGCCAGUGAGCCAGUGAGCGGGCGGCGAUGGAAGUAUUUGUUUUGUUUGAUAGAUGGAAGUGAAAAUAAAGAUUUUUAUAGUGAAAUUUGUGUUAUAAACCAAAUUAUAUUCAUCAUGGCUUAUCACUACGUAGUGACCGCACAAAAACCCACCGCGGUUACAGCAUGCGUGACCGGCAACCUGACAUCGCCGACGGACCUAAACCUACUGGUGGCGAAAGUUUCGCGACUCGAGAUGUAUCUGGUGACGCCGGAGGGUCUGCGACCCAUGAAGGAGGUGGGCCUCUACGGUCGGGUAGCAAAAAUGAAACUGUUCAGGCCACCAUAUGAAAAGAAGGAUCUAGUCUUCAUUCUAACAGCCCGCUACAAUGCCAUGAUCUUGGAAUGGAGAACCGGUGCCAAUAGCGAGCUAGAAGUGGUGACUAGGGCACAUGGCAAUGUGUCAGACCGCAUUGGCAAACCUUCAGAGAAUGGGAUUCUUGCAGUUAUUGACCCCCAGGCACGAGUUAUUGGUCUCAGGCUCUAUGAUGGCCUAUUGAAAAUCAUACCAUUAGAUAAAGAUUCCACAGAGCUAAAAGCUGCUAGUUUAAGGUUAGAAGAAUUAAAUGUUUACGAUGUAGAGUUUUUGCAUGGCUGUUCAAACCCAACACUCAUAUUAAUUCACCAGGACCUAAAUGGAAGACACAUUAAGACACAUGAAAUUAAUUUGCGUGAUAAAGAAUUUAUGAAAAUUCCUUGGAAACAAGACAACGUAGAGACUGAGGCUUCCAUACUUAUUCCAGUGCCCAGCCCCUUAGGAGGCGCAAUAGUAAUCGGUCAGGAAUCAAUAGUAUAUCACGAUGGACAAAAUUAUGUAGCAGUUGCUCCACCACAAAUUAAGCUGACGCCGAUAAAUUGCUACUGCCGCGUGGACGUGCGCGGGCUGCGCUACUUGCUGGGCGACAUCGCGGGCCGCCUCUUCAUGCUGCUGCUGGAGCUGGCGCACAAGCCCGACGGCUCGCAGGCCGUCAAGGACCUCAAAGUGGAGCUGCUAGGGGACAUCCCGAUCCCGGAGUGCAUGACGUACCUGGACAACGGCGUGGUGUUCGUGGGCUCGCGCCUGGGCGACUCGGCGCUGGUGCGGCUGGCCGCGGCGCGCGACGACCUGGGCGCCUACGUGGCGCCCAUGGAGACCUUCACCAGCCUGGCGCCCAUCGUGGACAUGUGCGUCGUGGACCUCGAGCGCCAGGGCCAGAACCAGCUCAUCACGUGCUCGGGCGCCUUCAAGAUGGGCUCGCUGCGCAUCAUCCGCAACGGCAUCGGCAUCCAGGAGCAGGCGUCCAUCGACCUGCCCGGCAUCAAGGGCAUGUGGGCGCUGACGCUGCGGCCCGGCGCCGCGCACCACGACACGCUGGUGCUGGCGUUCGUGGGGCAGACGCGGGUGCUGACGCUGAACGGCGAGGAGGUGGAGGAGACGGAGAUCGGGGGCUUCGCGGCGGACCGGCAGACGUUCUUCACGGGCAACGUGCGCCACGGGCAGCUGAUCCAGGUGACGGACGGCGGCAUCCGCCUGCUGCGGCGCGGCGCGGCGGGCUGGGGCUGCGCCGCCGAGUGGCGCGUGGCGGGCGCGCGCGGGCUGUCCGUGGUGGCGUGCGGCGGCGAGCGCGUGGUGGCGGCGGCGGGGCCGCGGCUGUUCCUGGUGCGCGUGCGCGACGCGGCGCUGGACCUCGUCACCGAGGUGUGCAUGGACGAGGAGGUGGCCUGCCUGGACCUGGGCCCCGGCGACGACGCCGCGCUGCUGGGCGUGGGGCUGUGGACCGACAUCUCGGUGCGCGUGCUGCGCCUGCCCGACCUGACGCCGCUGCACACGGAGAAGCUGUCGGGCGAGAUCAUCCCGCGCUCGCUGCUCAUCUGCGUGCUGGAGGGCGUGUGGUACCUGCUGUGCGCGCUGGGCGACGGCUCCAUGUUCUACUUCACGCUGGACCCGCAGUCGGGCGCGCUCAGCAACCGCAAGAAGGUGACGCUGGGCACGCAGCCCACGGUGCUGCGCAGCUUCAGGUCGCUGUCCACGACGAACAUCUUCGCGUGCUCCGACCGGCCCACGGUGAUCUUCUCCUCCAACCACAAGCUGGUCUUCUCCAACGUCAACCUCAAGGAGGUGACGCAUAUGUGCAGCCUCAACGCGCUCGCCUACCCCGACAGCCUGGCGCUGGCCACGGACAGCACAGUGACCAUCGGCACCAUCGACGAGAUCCAGAAGCUGCACAUCCGCACGGUGCCCCUGGGCGAGACGCCGCGCCGCAUCGCCUACCAGGAGGCGACGCAGACGUUCGGCGUGAUCAGCAUGCGCGUGGACAAGCUGGAGCUGGGCGCGGGCGGCGCCGCCAGCGUGGCCGUGCGCGCGUCGGCCUCCACGGGCGCGGGCGCGUCCAGCGCGUCGCUGGCCGCCGGCGCCGCCGCCGGGCCCGCGCCCGCCAAGCACGCGCCCAACGCGCUGGACGUGGAGGUGCACAACCUGCUGGUCAUCGACCACCACACCUUCGAAGUGCUGCACGCGCACCAGCUGAUGGCCGGCGAGUUCGCGAUGUCGCUGGUGUCGUGCCGCCUGGGCGACGACCCCGCGCCCUACUACGCCGUGGGCACCGCCAUCCUCAACCCCGAGGAGUCCGAGCCCAAGCAGGGCCGGAUCCUGCUGUUCCAGUGGAGCGAGGGCAAGCUGUCGCAGGUGGCCGAGAAGGAGAUCAAGGGCGGCUGCUACACGCUCGUGCAGUUCAACGGGAAGCUGCUCGCCUCCAUCAACAGCACGGUGCGUCUGUUCGAGUGGACGUCGGAGAAGGAGCUGCGGCUGGAGUGCAGCCACUUCAACAACAUCGUCGCGCUCUACCUCAAGGUCAAGGGCGACUUCAUCCUCGUCGGAGACCUCAUGCGCUCCAUGUCGCUGCUGCAGUACAAGCAGAUGGAGGGCAGCUUCGAGGAGAUAGCGCGAGACUACAGUCCCAACUGGAUGACGGCGGUGGAGAUCCUGGACGACGACACGUUCCUCGGCGCCGAGAACAGCUUCAACCUGUUCGUGUGCCAGAAAGACAGCGCGGCCACGACGGACGAGGAGCGGCAGCAGAUGGGCUACAUGGGGCAGUUCCACGUGGGGGACAUGGUGAACGUCAUGCGUGCGGGCUCGCUUGUGGCGGCCGUGGCCGACUCGGCCGCGCCGGUGGCGGCGCCGGUGCUGCUGGCCACGGUCUCGGGCGCCAUCCUGCUGGUGGCGCAGUUGCAGCCCGCCACCUUCGACUUCCUGCGCCAGCUGGAGGAGCGGCUGGCCGGCGCCAUCAAGGCCGUGGGCCGCAUCCCGCACGCCGCCUGGCGCUCCUUCAACACCGACAUCAAGACGGAGCCGGCCGAGGGCUUCGUGGACGGCGACCUCAUCGAGGCCUUCCUCGACCUGGACCGCGACGUGCAGAAGGACACCAUCCAGGGCAUGCAGAUCGACGACGGCGACGGCAUGAUGCGCGACGCGACGGUCGACGACAUCAUCAAGAUCGUCGAGGAUCUCACCAGAAUACACUAGCCCCCAAUCCGAAACUAGCUAUUUCGUAGAGCGCACCCUCGUCCUACCUUGUGAUGUUGAUUCUCUACUUCAUAGGUGUAAUAAAUACUU